CUGAACCGCCAUUGAGAGGAAAGGGUCAGAAAAUCAGUCCGAUACUGCAUUCGCACGUUUCUUCUGUCCCGACGCUAUAUUUCGACUUGCGCUGCUUUGUACUAGGAGCUGAAGCUUUUGUUUAUUUUUGUGAAUAAUUGUAGUUGACAUCGGGCGCCUUGUUUCUGGCACAGACGUGUUUGAGGAGAUUGUACAAGUAGCGGGCAGCGGACAGCCUGCUAACAUCGCUGUAACGAGGCUUCAGCUAACGUGUGCUAACCUGGCUAGCGGCACAGAGCAGACGGGCUGAGCGCUGCUCGGUGCUGGGCAGGGGGGGCAGUGUGCCUUUAGUGGCGUUUGAUGGAUCCGAGAAUCGCCUGGUUUCAACCAGAACAGCGUGGACCAGCUAACAACCUGUGGAUGCAAAUUUGGGAGACGACACAAGGGCUUGGGUACCUACAUGUAAAUACUAGCUUCACCUCUGGGUCUCCAAACGGGGCGUCCGGAAACAGUUGCAGAAACUGGGCUCCCAAUUCCAACAGCGGUAUCCCAAUGGAGGACGCAGAACUAACAGAGCAACAAGACUUCAUACCACUAGAAAGCAACAGCAACCACAACCACCGAGCCUCGGGCAGGGGCGGUGUUGGAGGAGUAGGGCAGCUGGGGAGCGGGGUGCUGUGGAGAGGGCUCACAGACGGACUCUCCAACAAAAGGAAAAGGGACAACAAAGCUAGCACUUUUGGAUACAAUUCCAGCCUCCUGCACACUGGCAAUGACUGUAACACAGGAAGACUCGCUGAAUACACGGGCACCCCAUGGAAAGUUCGAAACUACUCUGAAGGAAUUGUAGGGCUACAUGAAGAGAUAACGGAUUUCUACACAUACAUUUCCCCACGGCCAGAAGAGGAGAAGAUGAGACUGGAGGUGGUUGACAGAAUUAAAGCCGUCAUCCAUGAUCUGUGGCCCAGUGCUGAGGUGCAAGUCUUUGGGAGUUUCAGCACUGGUCUUUACCUGCCAACAAGUGACAUAGACCUUGUUGUUUUUGGAAAAUGGGAAACUCUCCCACUUUGGACACUGGAAGAGGCACUUCGAAGAAUGAAUGUUGCUGAUGAGAACUCUAUUAAAGUUUUGGACAAAGCCACUGUACCUAUUAUCAAACUCACUGACUCAUUUACUGAGGUCAAGGUGGACAUUAGCUUCAAUGUUAAAAAUGGAGUUAAAGCUGCUUGUCUUAUAAAGGAAUAUAAAGAGAAAUACCCUGUGCUGCCUUACUUGGUCCUGGUGCUAAAGCAGUUUCUGCUGCAGAGAGACCUCAAUGAGGUUUUCACAGGAGGAAUCGGCUCAUACAGUCUGUUUCUCAUGGCUGUAAGCUUCCUACAGCUUCACUACAGAGAUGUAUGUAGUCCCAAUAUCAACAUUGGAGUUUUGCUUAUUGAGUUCUUUGAGCUCUAUGGUCGCAAUUUUAACUACCUGAAAACGGGCAUUAGGAUAACAGAUGGAGGCUGCUAUGUUGCCAAAGAUGAAGUACAGAAGAACAUGAUGGAUGGAUACAGGCCUUCCAUGCUCUACAUUGAAGACCCUCUGCAGCCAGACAACGAUGUUGGGCGAAGCUCAUAUGGUGCUAUGCAGGUCAAGCAGGCAUUUGACUAUGCAUAUGUGGUUCUCAGCCAUGCUGUGUCACCCAUUGCCAAGUACUAUCCAAAUAAUGAGACUGAGAGUAUUCUUGGCAGAAUAAUCCGUGUUACUCAGGAAGUUGAUGAGUACCGGGAAUGGAUAAGAAGCAAUUGGGGCAACCAGUGUAAAAACGAAUUACCACUUAACAAAAAUGAUGCACUAUCCCAACAACUUGAUGAAUGCAACAACAAUGUUCCAAAUGAGGAGGAGGAGGAGGAGGAGGAUGUUGCUCCUCACAGUAAACAGUCUUCCAACUCUUCUUCACCAUCUCCAUCACUGCACUCCUCUCCCUCAUCCUCUCCUCUCUCACCCACAUCCACAUCCAGCUCCAGUGAUGCUGACUCUGAUGGCACACCAUGUAAGACUGCUAAACAGCAGCCCUGUCGGAGCUUGGUGCCCCACAGAGAAAAGUCUGUCUCUGUAGCUAAUCAUCGAACGAGUCAUGGCACUACCACUUCAUCUACAAGCAACAAAAGUGGCAAGGCAAGUUACUUUUUACACAAGGUAUACUGGGCAGUAUGUCAAAAACUUGUCUGUACUCUUUGUUUUACUCACAGGCAAGAGCGUCCCGUUUCCAUCUUAAGAGUGGCCACCAUAGUCAGAAAGGCUCCUCUGCCAGCACCAAAGCUCAUGAGAGCAGCCGGCCACAGCACCAAGGCAAUAGCAAGAAGAGAAAAAAUGUGAGAGACUCGACACAUGAAGACCUGUGCAGAUAGGGGCCUGCUUUUGACUAACAUGCCUCUGUUACCUACCAGUCGUCUUCUUCGGGAGGUUGUUGAGUUUAUUACAACCUGCCUUAUUGUUGUCUGUCAUGUUUUUGAGGAAGAAAAGCAACAAUUUAAAACAAAGUAAAAAAAUAACAUUUUAUUAAGAGCAUUUCUUGAAACUCAUUUGGUCAGCACCAUGCCUCUUGCGCCUCCUGCUGUUCAGGAAAUGAUGAACAAGUUGUAACAACUGCAACCUGGAACUGUGAGCUUAUUUAUAUUAAAAAACAAAACAAAAAAACAGGAUCAGAACUGACAAAAAGGCAAAUGGCCUUCAAAAAACUACUUUUUGAACAGAAACAUUGACUAUGAUAUUUUGACAUAAAAUGUAAUCAGCACACAUGGAAAACUUGUGCAUGGUAUUUCUUUCGGUUAUUUUUUUUCUGCAACAGUUUGUCAAAAAAAGUUAAAAUAUUUGUACAAAAUUCCCCCAAAGCAAAAUGUUUCAUAAACCUUUUUACAAAUGAUAAUAUUGAGGGAUGUGGAAACAUGCUCAUAUUUUUUUCCACAAAGGAGAAUCUCAUUUCAUUGCCAACAUAAAUCAUCAGCAUCUUUUGCCAACUUCUGGUUGAUUAGAAUAGUUAGCAGUGAGAGUUUUGACUGUUAACACCUUUUCUUUAUAUAGCACGAUACAGUUUUUAAGCACAGACAUAAUGCUUUAUAACUGAGCUCUGGUUUUGUAGCUGCACAGUGACUAUUGCAAGUGACAAGGCAGCUGGGAUUUUUAAAACCUGAAAAUCCUCCUUAUGUUGAACUGUUAUUAUUGGUGAUCUCAGUGCAUUUGUCAUUUAGUCAAGACAGCAGCAUUUUAAGAUACUACCGAUGUGUGUGGCUUUUGAAUGGUACAUUACUGCCAUAGUGAAAAUAUACACAUGUGUUUUGUAUAUUUGCCACUUAAAAAGAUGCCCCUGCUGUAGUAUAACAUUUUCAUGAUCAUAUUUGCACCUGGGAAUACCUACCUCUGAUUCUAAAUGUAUUUCCCACAUUUUUCAUUCUGAAUUAUAAGCAAUACUUUUAAAAGGGACUAUGAUAUACUGAGAGUAAAACAUCACACAAUCAAGAUUUUUUGCUCUGUCUUAGAAAAUGUGUUUGAUGCUCAUGCUGUUGUUUGGCUAUAAUCUUUCAAUUUGCCCAUUCUAACAGUGCCCAAUGUAAUGAAGCCCAGAUACACAUGAAACAUUUUUGGCAAGAUUUUACAAAUUAUCUGUAAUUUACCUAACAAAUUAUUUGUAUUGUUGAAUAUAUUUAUUUUUUUAAAAACUAUACGAACAUGUGAUAUGUGUAAUAACAGUAAACCAGUAAAUCUUAAGUCCUGUUUGCUGGAUGAUAAGGUUUGGUGUGGCACAUGUGCCGAUAUUGUUUUUUUUGUUUUGUUUUUGAUUGUUGAGUGACCAAGUUACUUUUAAGUUUUAAGAGACCAUUUUACAAGUCAGUAUCAAAGUAUUUUGAUGUGGCUGGUCUACUUUAAAGAAAGAUUUUUAAAUGAUACAAAAUGACUAUGAUAGCAGUCUUUCAUUUAUCCAGCACCAUUUAUCUACAGUACAAAAUCUAACCUGUAGAUGGAGCCAUUGGAUCAGUGGACCUUUUAAACUGCUUAGAUAAAUGUUAUUACUUUAUCAUUUAUAUGCAGUUUAAAAAAACGAUUUGUAUUAGUGACUUGGUCGAUGGGGCUGCCAGUCACUUGAAUAUCUGCCCUUUUAAAGGCGGAAGCCUUUAGUUCAAACAGUUCAAUUAUACUCAGCAUAUCUUAGAUUUUGUUUGUCUUCAGUCAUUACAAUUCAUGCAAUAAAAAUGUGCAAUGAAA